AUGUCGCCGCUGACAAACCCUCCGUUGAGCCUCUCCGCUACCUCCGACGGCCAAACCCUCACGAGCCUUGUCCCCAGUUCCUCUCCUCAGGUCCGAGCAGAAGAUAUCGAAUUACCUCCGUCUCCUUCGGACCUCGAACCUGAAUCAACCUCUUCUUCCUCCCUUAGAUCGUCUCCGUCGAAGAGUGUCGAGACACUUCUGAACCACAGCCUUUAUCUCUCACAGAACACUACACCCUCGAGGCCUCGUGCUGCAUCUCCACCCAGAAGGGUGAGGCCGCUGUCGGUAGGAAGUGUGGCCAACGCGCCGCCAAUGCAAAGAGCCCACUCGUCGCCCGGUGUUGACGCCUCGGGCCGAUACAUUACGCCUUACGGCGUCCCGAGAAGACCGUCUUCACCACUUCAUUCAGGAAGGAGAAGAAGCCCGUUGCGAACAGCUGUGGAAGACCCAUAUCCUGGCGUUCCAUCCUGGAGCGGCCUUAAUAUUGAACCGAAUAUACCAGAAAACGAAGAGCUUGAACUGACAGCAGACGCCGAGGCAUCUCAACCUUCACCCAUAUCAUCCCUCUCCAAUACAUUCCCAAGAGCACGGCGGCGAAACGCACAGCCGCUUCACCAGAGCGCAAGUGCUCCAUCUCUCUACGUCAGGGCUAUGAGCCCUAGUAUAUCGGGAAGGACAUCCCCGUCGCCGUCCUUCGCGCCGCAGAAGUACACCUAUGAACCGUACCCGAUUUAUUCUCUCAGCUCUGCUUCGAGCAUGCCUAGUACGCCAACGUCGCUGCGAUCUCGGUCGCCGUCUAUCAGCUCGCUGGAGACAAUAGAGGAUGCGCCAGAUGCGGAAGAGGCGGCGGUGCUUGAGGACGAGGAAGCCAAGUUGAGAGGGGAAGAUGGGGAUGCCGGUGAACUGAGACGAAGAAGCUCGCUUGAGAUUCGAGGGAGCAAUCUGAGGAGUAACAAGGAAAGAAAGCGAUGGUCGGUCUGUGGAGCGGAACGAAGAGCGGAUUUUUCUUUAGAACCCAUCGAAGAAUGA